GAGCCACACAGUUGUUUAAGUUUAUCUUAGUUCACCUCUCUGCAGAUUCUCUCGGACAAAUCCGACACAAAGGUUUCAUCUUUCAUCGAUUUUCAUUAGAAAUUAAGAUCAAAGUUUCGACCUUUACGCUUCUGGUAGUUAGUUUCCUCAGGAAAGUAUGCGUCUUGGAAAGUUGAUUUAGCUCAUUUUGUGUGAUCAAGAAAUGGUUUUUGCGGUUUGUGUUGGUAAUGCAUCUCUUGUAUCUAUGGAACUGAGGUGGGUGAGAAGAAGCAAAUGUGAUGAUGCUGCAUCUGCAUUGCCUCGUUCGAUACCAAUUUUUAUCUCUACCUUGAAGAAAGACAUAAACCUAGAGGAGCUGAGGCAGUUGUAUUCACGUUGUGACCACUCUUGCGACCGUUUGUCUAAGAAUGGUAGUGGCAUCGUUGACAUGAAGAAGCUCCGUACAGCUAUCUCCCGCAGCGAUGUUGUUGUCUCUGUGUUUUGCAAACCUCAUCACACGGCUCUUGUUGAAGAUGAUGAACAAGAAAGUUUGUCUUCCAAACAAAACAAGGAUGAGAGUUCUCUGGGAGAUAUGUUUCAGGACGUGUUGCCUCUCACUCCUUCAAAUGGUCAGCUUGUUGGAUUCGGUCGUGCAUAUUCUGAUUAUGGCUUGACCGCUUCUAUUCACGAUCUAAUGGUUUUACCUUCACUUCAACGAAUGGGGAUUGGUAAACUGAUUGUUAACAGAAUCACCAGGCUUCUCACAAGUAGAGACAUCUACGACAUAGCAGCUCUCUGCUUCGAGCAUGAAAGGCCAUUCUUUAAAGCCUGUGGGUUUGCAGAUGACAGAAUGGGUUCCACAACGAUGAUGUUCACAAAGAGCUUAGAGGCCUGAUCUAAACCGAGAAGAAGGCCGUUGGAUCUUCUCAAACUAUAGGUCAAAGCAAGUUGAAUGAUCUUUAGACAAAAAUCUUUUAUGAAUCUCUCUCUCUCUGUGAUGGUCAGAGAAGAAAAGCCAAAGAUUCAGUGUCUUUUUUUUUGCAUUUUUGGAUUUGAUGUCUUGUGACAAACUCGUUUUUCACUUCUCUCAUGUCGUGUAAAGCAACGAAUAUAAGUUAGAUUCGGACUAUUAUUACUCUGUUUCGAGAGGUGGAAAUGUACAUAUCAAUUGGAUACAAACUAUUUUGUCAAAAACGUACUGUUUCUA